CAAGCGACUGUUACAACGACUAGAACGUUAUCAGGAUAUGGUUGACCACUGCGUCGUCAAACAACUCGGCAAACACAAAACUGAAUUGUGUGGUUUUACAAAGGUGGCGAAACUCUUAACGACAUCAACUUUCGGUAGCACCAGCUAGGACACGGAUGAUGGCUUCAGCGGAUGGAUGGCGAAAGGACGUUCUUGUACGUAUCUUCCCCUUCGUACUAUUACAAGUCUUUUCGUUCUUCCUUUCGCCAUCUUCUGCUUCUUCGACGACUAAUAGGAAUACCUACAACGUUUACAACUACGAUCAGACGACACCUCAGUUUACCCCUGACGGUCGCCUUCUCCAAGUUGAAUACGCAUCUUCCGCGGCCGACUUGAGUCCUCCAUUGGUCGUUUUCGAAUGCCUUUCUACGACUUAUGGCACUAGUGACAACGAUGACGAACAUAGAGAUGAAGAUGCCAACGACAACUCGCAAUCAUAUCCUUGCACAGUUCUGAUUGCCAUUCCAAAGGAAUCAAACUCUCCCCAACACAGAAUUGUGAUUAUCGAAGAAACCGACGACGGCAAGCAGGAACGAUUGCCGCCAAUGCUUAGUCGUUUGAAUCGUUCCUAUUGCGUGGCCAUGUCGGGGAUUCUGGCCGACAGUCUCGCGUUGUUGCAGGCGGGAAUGAAAGCAGCGGGGCAACACACGCUACAGUACCAGAUGUUUUUUGGCAUGGAAUCCCUGGCACAAGCCGUGGCCGACGAAUGCCAGAGCCGGGUGUUUGCGGGCGGAUUGCGACCCUAUGGAUCGACGCUAGUGUUGUGCGGAUACGAUUGCGACGACGGGUACCGCGCGAAAUCAUCCGAAAGCUUGAUUUAUCAAACCGAUCCCUCUGGUGGAAUCUUACAACACUACACUCGACCGAAUACUUAUGAUGACAAAGAAAAACAGCGACAUCACCACUACGAAUCAAGCGCAGCCACCACUUUUGGUGUCCCCAAAAAGAAGAAAAAGUCGUUGCUACGAAGAAAAGACGCUGCAGACAAAAACGGUGCUAUCAAAAGCCGAGUCCGAUGUGUCGUGGGGGGAUCGCCCAGUCUUCAACGCCAGCUCCACAAGCGCAUAGAUCAAGCCUUGGUGAAAUUCGAAAACAACCUGCGACAGAACAAACAAAAUCGUCGAGAACCGUCACUGGCGGAACGCAUUGCCUGUGUGGCCAAAAUUCUUAUCCAGGAGACCACAAAGGGCGAUGUUGGUGCGAAGAAUAAUGACGAGGCGAGUCAUGCCGAACAACACGGGUCGUCAGAGUCCUCGUCGAAUCGCACCCUGGAAAUUGUUCUAGUUUCGCCGACACUAGGCUGUCAUCGACUGGAUGAUAGGCAGCUACGAGCAAUCCAAGAACUUGUACGUGAUGAAAAGUCAAGGAGGUAGUACUGGAGGCAUGGCGCGUUCAAAACUCUCAAAAAAUUAUGCAAUGAAAAUGUAAAAUUUGA